UCAAGUAAGCAAAAACCCAACAUGAGAAGUAUUGCAGAUUGUGGCUUCACACAAGCAGCUUCGGUCCAGUACUGCAUCUGAGGAAGAAAAACGUCUCUCAAUGUCAUGUGGUUGAGAAAGCAGAGCAGAGAUACCGGAGCUGUUCUGCAGAAGCCAGAUUGUUCCUGGCAGUGCUCUGUUUAAGCCAGCAUUGACUCUGCUGAUCCUCCUGGCUCUGGGUUCAGUGGCUCAGGCUGUUGUCUGCAUGAAAAGAGAUGUUAUGCCAAGCAGUCCUGGAAGCAAACAGAGCUGUGUUGGUGCAUAGCUGCUUGUGAGCUAACAGGAUUUUGGAGUCUGCUUGGCUCUGCUGAGAGUUAGUUUUACAAGGUCCGAACUGUAACACCGCUCACAACCUGCUCGUGACUAUGCAGAAGUGUACUGUGCUGUUGUUUGAAUAAUUGUCCUGCUUUUGUUAAUGUGAUUUGUCCACCCUUAGUCAUUGCUGUAUAGAAACCUUAUUUUGUAUUCCAGAGCACAAAAACGAUCGGUUCUCAUUACUUGUGUUGCAUAAAUGGAUAGGUGUGAGCGGGAGGAAUAAGGAAUCUUAUUAAGCUCUAAUACGCUCUUUUUCUGUGAUGUAAGGGAAAGAUUGUGAAAACUCUGACAGCUUUUUUUGUUUGUUUUUAGGUGUAUGCGGUGAUGAAUUUAGUGUCUUACGAUCACCUCAAUCAGUUGUUUUUCGAGACGGAAGCUGGCCUUCCUGGCGAGCGGAUCCCAGAUGUAGCUGCAUUAUCCAUGGGCUUUUCUGUUGAAGAUGACCUUUCCUGGCCUGGGCUUGCAGUGGGUGAUCUGUUUCACAGACCACGAGCUACUGUGCUGGUAACAGUGAAGGGAGUAGACAAGCUGGCGUUGCCUGUGAAAGGGAUUUCUUACCCUAUUGAGAAUGCUGUUCCUUUCAGUCUUGACAGUGUUGCGAAUGCUAUUCAUACUUUGUUCUCUGAGGAAACUCCUGUGGUCUUGCAGCUGGCCCCCAGUGAGGAAAGAGUGUACAUGGUGGGCAAGGCAAACUCUGUAUUUGAAGAUCUUUCUGUCACACUGCGCCAACUGCGAAACCGCUUAUUCCAGGACAACUCCAUUCUCAGCUCCCUUCCUCUCAACUCCCUCAGCAGAAACAAUGAGGUUGACUUGCUUUUUCUGUCAGAACUACAAGUCCUACAUGAUAUUGCAAGCCUGCUGUCUCGACACAAGCUUAGCCAAAGAUCACUCUCCAGACCUGUAUUCUCUGGAACUGGCUGGUUUGGAAGAGGUUGGAAAACAUAUGGGGAGGACUCUCAGCAGUUCAAGGAUGCUUCUCAAAUUCUUGUAGACUCUUUGCAAAAGUUUGCAGAUGAGAUGUUUAAUCUGUAUAGCGGGAAUGCAGUAGUAGAAGUGGUCGCUGUAAAGACAUUUAAUUCUCCCCUCACGAGGAAGACUCGUUCCAUUCUUCAGUCUUCACAGAGCGACACAGAAAAUCCAUAUAACCUCGCCUAUCCAUAUAACUACAACUACUCUGUAAUCUUCAACAUUAUUCUGUGGAUGAUGAUAGGUCUUGCUUUAGCUGUGAUAGUUAUCUCCUACAACCUCUGGAACAUGGAUCCUGGGUAUGACAGCAUUAUUUAUAGGAUGACAAAUCAGAAGAUAAGAAUGGAUUGAACUACACUGUAUUCCAGCACAAGGAAGUGAUGAAGAGUAAGGUCUCCUUUAAACUCUGUGGAAAACAAAUAUUCUGACAUGGUUAAUUGUGGAAUUUUUUUUAAAGGUGUAUUUAUUUCUAGGUAUUUUUUUCCCUCUCAAGCCUAUUUUAAAUGUUAGUAGUAGCACCAGAUGGGAGUUAGAAAUUGAAAUCUGCUUGUUUAAAAAAA